UGUGCGCGCGCAUGUGCUCUCUAUCUUCCACAUGUUUUUAAUCAUCUUCAAUAAAAUGCAAGAUCCCAAGAUAUAAAUAUCUUCCUCCAUCGAGUGUCAGGGGACAGCAGGGCUCGUUUCAUCCGGUCUUCAGCAGGGGAGGGCCGCUGGCUGGCGUCUGGGCGGCUGGAGCUCGUCUCCGCAUCCUUGCGCUCCAUCAUCUCAACGCAGCAUCGGGAGGUGGGAGUUUGCGGUCAGAUCCUUCUGAUAAACCGGUUCCUGUCUGUCUCUGUCAUUGCUAUAAAACGAUGAAGACCACGCUGCCUGACAGACUUCAAGAGUGGUUCAAGACAAGCCUGCAAAUAUGAUUUUACUCUGUGGACUUCUUCUGAUAUGCUCAGGACUUAUAGAUGCUAAAUUAGAUAUUAUCCUUGGUGACCCAGAUGUGCAGGUGGGAAACAGCAUUCUGCUCUUGUGCAAAGCCGACACAGAGGGAGAUAUCAAUUGGCUAAAAGAUGGAGAAGAUGUUGAUACAGAUCGCCAUGUAGUGGAGAAAAAUGACGAGUCCUCAAGCACACUGAACUUGAAAAAUGUUCAGUUAAGUGACACUGGAAGAUACACCUGUGAGUUUGAAGAUAGCAAUGGCAACAAGAAGACGACGAACAGCCAGAUCUAUGUCUACAAAACACCAGACUUUGGACAGACGCGGACAUUCCAUGAAUUUCUGGUGAACCAAACGGCGAUCAUUCCCUGCAUGGUGACUGGCAAACCCGAGGUGGAGAUCCACUGGUUUAGGAAUGAUCGCAUGAUACAUGAUGAUGGCCGAAGUCAUUUGAAAAUCCUUCCAGAUCGAACUCUGAUGAUUGUGGGAAUUCAGCACGAGGACCGAGGAACUUACAUCUGUGAAGGGAAGAUCAAGGGACGCCCAAUAACCAGAAAUCUCCCGAUCUCUGUUGUUGUCAAUGAGCCACCGACUGUACUGAUUCAUGAGGAGAAAAAGAGUGUUUUUGCUGGACCCAACACCAGUUUGUCUAUAGCCUGCCUGGUCAAAGGAGCACCAGUUCCAACCAUUACAUGGACAACCCCUUCCAGCUUUAAUGACUACCGUUACAGUUACAAUACUGAUAAGAGUGAGCUCACCAUCUCAGCAGUGACCAGGAGUGAUUACGGAGAGUAUAUCUGCACAGCUAGCAAUAAGAUUGGGGAAAGCAGUGCCAUUUUUGUUCUGGAUGUCUCAGAGCUUCCAACUGUGGUUUUUACUGAAAACAAGCUGAGCAUUAUUCCAGGAGAAAGUGCAUCUGUGUUUUGCAAUGCCACAGGACAUCCAGCUCCAGCCGUACAGUGGGUCAGGAAGGAUACACAACAAAAAAUGUCGGGUGAACCUGAGCUGAUUCUUGAAAACAUAAUGCCCUCUGAUGGUGGAUUCUACUCCUGCAUAGCCACAAAUAUAGUGGGAACAACCACUGGGGACUUCCAGCUGAUAACCUGGCCCGAGACCCCCAGUCAGUUCAGCAUGUCCGCAGGAUCCUCAUCUGCAAUCCUCAUUCACAGUGUCUCAGUGCAGGACGGAGGCUCCCCCAUUAGCUACUACAUCCUUCAGUGGAAGAAACCAUCCGAAGACAACUGGAACCAAAAUAUCGUCAAGCCCGCAUAUCCCCUGAUGAUCAAGGACCUCGAGCCAUACACGGAGUACUCGGUUCGCAUUGCAGCCAAAAACUCUCAUUAUCAGGGGAACUUUUCUACAGAACAGAACAUCUUUACACAGUCUCGACAUGGAGAACCCGACAGUCCUGUUCUGUCUCUGAGUGAAAAAAAGUUGGAGAAGAACUCCGUCUCCAUCCCUAUCAAACAGCUGAAAGAUGGAGGCUCUCCCAUUCUACAAUACAUUGUUCGCUACAAAGGGAGCAAGGAAAAGGAGGAAUGGACAGAAAACACCAUUCCUGGAAACUCCAGCAGAAUCCAGCUCAAUGAUCUCCAGUACAACGCUGACUAUCACCUGGAAGUUUAUGCAGUGAACCACAACGGCUCCUCCAGCCCUGCUAAAGUCAACUUCACCGUCCCCCAGCCAAUCAGUCAGCCGGCGUUGGGGAAAGGCGGUGUGGUCGGGAUUGUAAUGUUCAUCUUCCUGGUGCUGAUGGUUUCAGUAGAUGCUUUCUGCUGUUACACUAACCACUGCGGCCUGCUUAAUUUCCUCGCUCGUAAACUAUUGGGACACAAAAUGGCAGAGACUAAAGGGAUUGACGAGGAGGCCAAUAAUUCCACCGGAGACAUGAAGCUGAGUGGCCUCACACUUCCACGAGGCAGCAUCCCAAAGCUUCAGGCACCCAAUGGGGCAGUGAAUGGCGUUCAUUCAGAGGUCACGUGUGACAAAGCGCCUCUUACCAAAUUCGAGAAGAAACCAGAAUCGACUGAUCCAACAGCAGAGGCCUAAAGGAUGAGAUUCCACAGAAGACAAUCUGAAUUCAUUGAUGAAACUUCACACAAACCUCUGAGCUUGAGCCAUGUCCACAUGAACACGGUAUUUUUAUAAACUGAGUUUUCCCCGUCUUCGUUUAAAAAAAAAAAAAACGUAAUCUCUGUCCGCAUGAAAACCAAAAACAGACCAAAGGAACCAACAGGUGGCGAUAAAUGUGUUUAAUGCUGGGUUCACACUAAAUGCCGAAUUAAAUAUUUGCAGGAUUACAUGGCAUACACUAAAAAAAUGCUGGGUUCUACACAACUCCUGCAUGUUGUCCCAACACAAAUCGAUUAAGUUAACGUAAUUGUUGAUGGGCAAAUUGGAUCAGGGAGAGGCCAAGCUGGAGUCUUUCUACGAUCCCCUGGGCUCUGUUGGAUGUGAAAAUGAACCAAAACAAACCUUUACGAUUGGCUCAAGAUUGGCAAUAAAAUUCAGGAUCAUUUUUGGAGUGUACAAAUCAAUGCAGACAUGAAAACAAAAGCCGGUUAAGGCUGAAUACGACUUUUACGUUGAGUGAUCGCAGCAUCCCAGGGCACAUGCCUUGCCCAUAGCCUUGCAUUUAUACUUCUGCAUUCUGUUUGUGUUGCUCUGCAAUAACACUCCCGAAACGCUAGCUGGCACUGGGGCUUCUAUGUUCUUCUGUGUCGAGUUUCUUUCUGGGUGUUUUGUUUAUACCAGAAAUACCUGUAAUGCUAAUUUACUGAACAAGUACAUUAAACUUGAUCAUUCAGAAGCGGGAACUGGCAGACAUGCAACAACUUUAAUCAUAAAGUAACAAAAUAAAAGUCUCCAUCUGGAGCUGCUCCACAGGACUUGCUCUAAAGGGCUCCCACCCACACUAAUCAAUGCUACCAAGUGACACAGACCACGACGUGUAGUUACAUUUUUUGAGAAGUGUGCAAACCCAGCUGUGUUGGCCAAUCAGAAUUGUUGAGAAAUGCUGACGUUGGAAAUUUGAGAACUCAAGCCAGGACACUCAAGAUGAAUUCUUUAUUAAGGACACCAAGGUUGUUCUGCAGUCAAAAGUCAUCUUCAAGAGGUUCACAUGAGACUGGAAGAGUCUACAAGAGUCUACUACAUUCUACAAAAGUCUAAUUUGAGUAGUUGUCCUGUUUAGUAUAUGUUUUAGGAGGUGGUGGUGUUAGGGUGGAGACAAAGAGCAUGUAAAUGAGGUAUAGGGAAAGAACCUGUCCAGCCACUUACCAGACAAGUUUCAACUGCCCUACUAAGGGUCUCUUAGGCCUGAAUGGAUCCACAAAGGCACAAAAAAUAUAAUAUAGAAUAAGAAUAUAACUUUUCAUUCAUAUAUAUUUUACUGUAUACUAUAUUACUUUGAAAUUAGAUUAUACAUUUAUAUUUCUGCAACAUUUUAAGGCAAAGACUCUGGAACUUUUGUAAAGUCUUCACCCUGGCCAGAGUUUUCAUAAUAUUUCAGUUUUAGUCACCUGAAUACUGAUUUUUUUGUGUCUACAAAUGGCCUAACCACAUAAACACUGCGAUUUUUCUAAUUACCCGUGUUCAUAAGAAUGAAAAGUGCAUCAUUUUGAUUCGAUAAUUAACGAAAUUAAACGAAAUGCAAGUCAUUUGUAGCCUAAAAAUGAUGUUUGAGCAUCUCGGCUGGCCCGAUAUAGUAAAACUGGCUCAGCCAAUAGAUGGACUUUGGGGGCAGGGCUACCUGUUUGUCCGGCCAAUGGCAGACGGGGGCAUGUUUGAAAUGACACCCUUCAGCUGUAAGCGGCGCAGCCUGCAUACGAAACAUCACGAAGACGACUGUUAUUAGCAGGAUUAUGUUAACAUAGAUCAGGGGUGCUCAAACUGUGUCCUGCGUAGUUUUUGCUCCAACUUUCUUUAGCAAACCUGUCUGGAUGCUUCUAGUAUAGCUAGAAAAAGCUUGAUUACCUGGUUCUGGUGUGUUUAGUUGGGGUUGGGAAUAAAAUAUGCAGGACACCGGCCCUCCAGCACCAAGUUUGUGCACCCCUGCCAUAUAGAAUAUGGGUGUUAUUAAAUUUCGAUGUAGGAUGUAGAAGAGCACUGGAGUGGAAUCGAGUACUGUAAAUACUGUACAUGUCAAAUGCUGAAUGCGUGUUCAGCAGUGAGCAGAUUGAUGCAGCUAAUGUUGACAUUUUAAAAUAGAAGAACUACUGUCGUAAUGGGAGUGUUAUAUUUAUCCAGCACAUCAUUAGUGUUAAUUUAUUGCACAAUUAGCGUAUUCUUAUUGCAUGUAUAAAACAAAGAGCCGUUUGACUUCGUAUUGAUAUUACUUGGCAUUUUAUUGAAUAGUUUAACAUCAUAUAUUGUUUCAUAAAUACAUGAAUGAUUUUCUUUAGUCAAGUGAUGAUGUGAAAUGUGGUUGUAAAUACAGACGCAUGCAUACAUUUGUACAUAGAUGUAUUAUUUUUUGGAUCUUCGCUGUACAUUGUAUAUAUUAUUUCUUUAAUCCUUUUAUACUCAAUGUGCGACUCUUUUUUUAACUAUGUAAAUGUAUUCAUCAUCAAAUUGAGUUUUUUGAAUAAAAGAGAAACAUAUAUAC